AGUGGUUGGAAGUCCAUGAUUACGUGUGAUUCUCAUGUUCAUUUGCAUAAUUAUACAGCUUAUAUUGCUUUCUUUAUUACAGUGUUCUGUGCCAAGAAUUUGUGCAAAAGAGACUUCUUUCGAUUGCCCGAUCCAUUUGCAAAGAUCAGUGUAGAUGGUUCAGGACAGUGUCAUUCGACAGAAGUUUGUAAGAAUACUCUAGACCCAAAAUGGAACCAGCAUUAUGAUCUGUAUAUUGGUCAGACAGACUCGGUGACAAUAAGCAUAUGGAAUCACAAGAAGAUCAACAAGAAGCAGGGUGCAGGAUUUCUAGGAUGUGUACGCAUUAUGUCAAAUGCCAUUACACAGCUCAAAGAUACUGGAUUUCAGCGCCUUGACCUGCAGCGUAACAAUGCAGACGAUCCCGAACCUGUGCGGGGACAGAUCGUGAUCAGCUUGAUUUCACGUGACCGUGGUAACUCAGGGAUAGGACCUGCCGUGACAAACUCGACACAGAUUAACACCAUUCCUAAUGAUGUUCACGAACUUCCUGACGGGUGGGAGGAGAGGAGAACAGCCAAUGGAAGAGUCCAUUAUGUAAACCACCUCACCCGUACCACACAAUGGGAACCUCCCACCAGACCUGCAACAGACUCAUCAUCAGUUAGAAUUACAACAUCCACAGCAUCUCCAACUACGUCCAACAGCAGCAGCAGUGAGAGACGAUCAUCUUCAACUACACGUCUCAGUUCUAGUGCUUCCCACAGACAUCGUGAUCGUGCAAACUCUAGCGCGCACAGACACAGUACAUCUUCAUUAAACCCUCCGCGAGUGCACAGUGCCCAUAGUUCAGUGACUCGGAAUAAUGACCUCAGUAAUAACAGCAAUAGUGAGGACAACACGAGUAGUCCGUCCGAGGGCGAGUUUCCCCGGCGACGGUCUACCCGUAGACGCAAUUAUUUAAAUAGGAAUCAGUUACAUAAUGCAUUGGAUUUACCACAAGGUUAUGUUCGAAUCACAAAUCGAAUCACAAAUCGUUCAGCUGAUAGUGGAAAUGGUAAUUACCAUGUGGAACAACGAACUACUCAACAGGGUCAAGUAUACUUUCUCCACACACAGACAGGUGUGAGUACGUGGCACGAUCCUCGAGUUCCAAGAGACAUAUCUAAUCUGGAUGUUUUGGAACGAGAGUUGGGUCCUUUGCCGCCGGGUUGGGAAGCACGACACACAGGAAAUGGGCGUGUCUAUUUCGUUGAUCACAACAACAGAACAACACAGUUCACAGAUCCAAGGCUCACCUCUAAUAUAGACUUGAUACAAAGUCGAAUAAAAAAUACAAGUGAUAAAGAGAAUGAAAAUCCUGUGCCAAAAUACAAGCGAGAUUUGGUCCAUAAAAUGAAGAUAUUAAAACAAGAGUUUACAAGUUUACAACCUCAGGGCGGACAUUGUCGAUUAGAAGUUUCAAGAGAAGAAAUUUUUGAGGAUUCAUAUCGACAAGUCAUGAAAAUGCGAGCGAAAGAUUUACGUAAACGUUUAAUGGUGAAGUUUAAAGGAGAAGAGGGCCUAGAUUAUGGUGGUGUUGCAAGGGAAUGGUUUUGUUUGCUGUCUCAUGAAAUGUUGAAUCCAUACUAUGGCUUAUUCCAGUACGCUAGAGAUGAUAUAUACACUUUACAGAUCAACCCAGACUCGCACGUUAACCCUGAACAUUUGUCGUAUUUUCAUUUUGUUGGGCGUAUUCUGGGCAUGGCAAUAUUUCAUGGACAUUACUUGGACGGUGGCUUCACAAUGCCCCUGUAUAAACAGUUGUUACAGAAACAAGUGACCUUAGAUGACCUUGAAAGUGUUGACCCCGACCUUCAUAGAAGUUUACUAUGGAUGUUGGACAAUGAUAUAGAGGAAGUAUUGGACCAUACAUUCUGUGUAGAGAGUCAUUCAUUCGGCCAGUUUCAGCAGCAUGAACUCAAACCUGGCGGUGACGACAUCAAAGUUACCGAGGAGAACAAGAAAGAAUAUGUCAAGUUGUAUGUACAAUGGGUAUUCAUGCGAGGUAUAGAGGCACAGUUCCUGGCAUUACAGAAAGGUUUUCAUGAAAUCAUUCCACAGCAUUUACUGAGACCCUUCGAUGAAAGAGAGUUAGAGUUAAUGAUUGGUGGUUUAGGGAAGAUAGAUUUAGAUGAUUGGAAACUUCAUACAAGAUUAAAACACUGCACACCAGACAGUAAUAUAGUGAAAUGGUUCUGGAAGGCAGUUGAUAACUAUGACAAUGAAAUGAGGGCAAGAUUAUUACAGUUUGUUACAGGAAGUUCUCGAGUUCCACUCCAAGGAUUUAAAGCAUUACAAGGAUCGACAGGAGCAGCUGGACCACGAUUGUUUACCAUUCAUCAGGUGGACACAAACACGGACAAUUUACCCAAGGCUCAUACAUGUUUCAAUCGUAUAGAUAUCCCACCUUACGAGAGUUAUGAGAAACUGUACUCCAAAUUGACAUGUGCUGUUGAGGAAACCUGUGGUUUUGCUGUGGAAUGAUGGGAAAUAUACACAAUUGCAUUAUGGGAUUCAUUUCAAGUGGAAGGUUUUUCACUUUCUGUUGUUUCGAAAAGAAAAGGUCAUUAAAAGUGAGAGAAAUAUUGCAAUAAACACUGACAAAGACAGAAAUAUACUAAAUGAAAAUUUACUGAAAUGUAUAAAGAGAAUAUACAUAGUAAAGGAAUUUCUGUGUUUAAGUGUAUUCUGAUACUCAAACACAAUGGUUGUGAUAUUUAUAAAUGUCAGGUCCAUUAUUCACUCAUUUUGAUCAUUCUUCAGGUGACCACAAAUUAUUAUGCAAGUAAUUGCCACAAGUAUUUCAGCUAAAAUAAACACACGAUACGUGUAAAAUAGAACAUGUUGGACCAGUCAUUUGCUACAAAAUGGUAUGUCAUGGUGUGGAAAUGAGUUUGAAGCACCAAGGAAUUGUGAAUCAGUUGGGAGGUACUGAACAAGAACUGUGAGAUGUUAGAAGACUGGGUGAUGACGGUGUAAAUGCGAAGCACCUUAACACUGCUAGUCUGAUGGACAGUACUGUGACACAUUGGACAGUGUUAGAUUAGUAUACCAGUAUUUUGAUAUUAUAUACAAAUCUGUUGUUUGUUUAUUGUGUUAUAUGUUCCGUGUACAGUAUAAAAACUAACACCUACUCACUAACUCAAACAAGGGAGGUAGAAAAGUGCUUUUAAAAUGUUUGACAUGAGUUUGCUGAUAGAGAAAUACUGUUUCAUUGACUAGAAUCUGCUGACCAGUACAAACAGCAGUUGACUUGCUGACCAGAGUUAUAUUGCUGUUGUGUCAUUAACUUUUAGGAAGAUAAGAAACACAUACCCGUGGACCAAGCUGGUUGUUUCCUGUACACUUGUUUUUAUGCAGAACUUAGUUUUAUGUUUAAUUUAUUUGUUUAAAGAAAUACUGCAACAGUUACUGGUAAUAUGAAAUUGCAUCAGACAAAUUGCUGUUUGUGAUUUUUUCUAAAUUUUGUUUGAAAAUUCAAUUCUGCAUUUAGGGGCAACAAGACCGGUAUUAUUGUAUUUCUUAUGUGUGAAAUCUGACCAUUUCGUUAUUUUUAUUGUAUGACAAUGUUAUAUUAAAUAGUUAUAUUUACACUAGUACAACAACAGGCCCCUUGUAGUAUACGAUGAAUUAUCUACUAAAGUAUAUUCUAUAUAUGCAAAAUAAUCCAUGUGCUCCAUAUGUUUUGUAAGCUUAGCUCAACAGGGUGUCAUAAGAUGUGAAUAUUUCUGAAAAUUGUGACUAAACCCAAGUUUAUCUGGGUUUUUCCUCAUUGUUUGCUUUCUUCAAAUAUUUAUGCAGUUGCAGAGUAGUUUUUUCUCUCCAUGUAGCUGUCAUUGUUGGGGUAUCUCCUGCCAUGUAAAUGUCCACAAGACACAAAGUGCACUUAGACCUGUUUAUAUUGUAAUGAGGAACAUGACUUUAGUUAAUAUUUCCUAUACAUAGAUUUAAUUAAGAGCAGUUACUGAAUUCUAAGUUUCCAUUAUAUAGAAAAAAAAAGAUUUCUUGUGGACUAAAAAAUUGUGCUCUUGCCUAUUUAUUUUGUUUACAUUUUUGUAAUGUACAUCAUAUUUGUCUAGAACAUAUCUACAAUGUACAGAACAGUUUUUCAGUAAUAGUCAAUUGUAGUACAUUAAUUGUAAGAAAUAAAUAACUAUUGUCUUUUUUCUCUCGUCAGUUUACAGCAUUUUACAUCUCCUUGCCAGAAAUUGUUCUAAAACUCGCUGAAAUAUGAUCUUUUAUUUAAGAAAUAAUGUAUAGAAAAAUAUCAUGUUUUAACAUUAUUAAUACACAGAAAGAGAUUAUAAGUUCGUAGAAUAAUUUCUCAAGGGCAUAGCCCGAAUGAAUUAUUUUGGCAAUGUAUAACCGAUUUUGAGUGUAUUAAUUUAGGUACACGAUUUUGCUAUACAUUAUUUCGAUUCUGAUAUGCCCAUAAUCAAAAUCAGUACAUGAAAUAUAGUAGUGCUCUUUCUUGGUCGCAACAAAAACAUAGACGUCAUUGCAUGUUAAUGUGACAUCAUUUUAGCAUAAGCAUGUUUUAAAAGAAACGAGCAUAUUAGAAUAGACAUUAAAUGUGGUCUUUAAUAGAUUUGGUCCAGAACAAUAAUAUUAGCUCCAUGUAAUUUUCUUCAUGGGGCGUUUUUAUAGGGCUGAUAUCAUGACAUAUUUCUAUAUUUAGAAAUAUAUUUGUUGCCUUUCCUAAACCUGUCUUUCAUAAAGUAUAUUGAUGUUCCUUUGUCUAUAGCCAGUAACUGUGAAUAAUAAAAAUAUUUUCUUGAUUUACUCAAAAAUUAUUGUAAAAUGAUAUGUCCAUGAAUGAUAUAUUUGUGAUUGAUAUACGGUAUCCGUGAUUGUUCCUUCUGUUUUGUACUAGAGUGUAUUGUUUUCUUUAUACACAUAUAUAUAUAUAUAUUUAUCAGCAUUUUUAUGUAGUCUGUAUUUUGAUAUGGAUAAUUUAAUGGGAGUGUCUGGGCUGAUUAAAUGUCAAUACUUUCAUUGCAGUUUUAAAUACAAGGAAACAAUAUUUUAAAAAUGAGUAUAAAUAAUGACUUGAUGCAAGAUUUAUUUAUAAUUGAAACAGAAUUUUAGAUCUUAUCAGUUUUUGACAUACAUAAUGUGCAACUGUUUCUAGAUUGUUUACUAUAUAGUUUGAUAUAAAAUUUAGAAAAAAAAUAUCAAAAACGUAAGUGGGCAUUUUUUUACCGUUUUACGAAUCAUUUUUAUAAAAUCCAUGAAAAACAUAGUGAGUGAAUGUUUUCAUGUAUAAUGUAUAUGUAUAUUUUGGUACAAAUCUAUGCAUUUAGGUUGUGUAGUGACUUAUUUAUGUUGUGUGUUUACAGGGAGAAUCCAUGUUCUACUAUACCAUAUCAUUGUAAAUAGUUUCAAUCAUAUAUCACUUCAUGUGUAAAUCUAUUUAAAUGUAAAUGCAGAAUAUAAUGGAAACAAAGCCGAGAUUGUCAAUUUGAUUUUGAUUGAACAUAAAAUUGUCACGUCCUAAGAUAUUUUUAAAUGCAAAUACUUUCCUUCUGUCUGUUCAAGAAAAUGUUGAUAUGUAUUUAUUUCACAACAAGAGAAACUUACAUUGCAAAACUGUUACACAGGAAAUGUCCUUUAUGUUUAAUAUUUAUGAGAGGUCAAGAUUUAUAUUACAAUACAUAUGUGUAGGAUUUUCUAAAUAAAUAUUUUAGUAAGCCCCUGUGGUGUCAAACUUAAAAGUGUUCAUUCUACCUACAGUUGUGAAACCUAUAGUGCCAGUAGAAAGUGUUAACAUGUAACAAACCUCUUGCUGUGAUUAUAGCUCGAGAGGAGAGAACCUGUAAUUUAUAGUGUAUAUCUGACUGUCAAGAGGAGAUAACCUGUAAUUUAUAGUGUAUAUCUGACUUUCGCUGACUGUCAAGAGGAGAUAACCUGUAAUUAAUAGUGUAUAUCUGACUGUCAAGAGGAGAUAACCUGUAAUUUAUAGUGUAUAUCUGCCUAUCAGUGACUGUCAAGAGGAGAUAACCUGUAAUUUAUAGUGUAUAUCUGACUAUCAGUGACUGUCAAGAGGAGAUAACCUGUAAUUUAUAGUGUAUAUCUAUCAGUGACUGUCAAGAGGAGAUAACCUGUAAUUUAUAGUGUAUAUCAGACUGUCAGUGACUGGUAUUGACAGUAUCCAUCUUUGUAUUUUUAAAAUGGAGUAAACAGGUCACUGAAAAAUACAUUUAGUAAUCAAAGGUAUAGGAAAUACUUAUUUUAUGUAACUUUACAUGUAUUCUUUUGAAAUUAGACAUCAGUAGCCUGGGAUUCUUUAGGAUUUAUAUUAGCUAAGAUUAAGACUUAACUGGAUACUUCACAUGUACAUAUUCUCCUUUGAAAUUACAUCAGAUAUCAUUUAGUGAACAGUGUGUAUUAAAAUAAUUUUACAAGACAUGGAAACUCGCCCUAUGUGAUAUACACUAUUAUAGCAUGAAACUCUGAAGCAGUUUAUGAUUGAAUAUUCAAAGGUUGGUAUCCUAUUAGCAAAAUGGGAUUGAUUUGAGGAGAGGUAGGUCAAACAUCUUUCAUCAAGUUGAGACGUAGGUCAAACAUCAACAUUGUACUUCCAUCCAUCAAAACUGAUUAUUAUUGGGAGGCAAUUAAGUUGAUAAAAUCUGAAGACAUAAAUAGAACUAAGUAUAUAACCUAUUUUUUAAGCCAAUGAGACGGCUGCAUUUUUCAAAUUUUUGAAUUUCUAUUUCAUGUAGACAGCUGAAGUUGAACACUUCAUUAUUAAGAACAAGUUGCUGAAUUGGAAAGGAAGAUUUCAGACUGGGUCAAAACUUGUGAUUUUAGAAGAUUAUAGACAUAAGUUACCUGUAGUGAAGUAGCUGUUCUUAAAAAACUUUGAUUUCAAUUGAAGCAUAAAGUUUAAAACAGCAUGUUUACAAAUAUUUGGAAUUUUUUCUAGAAAAAUACCCUCCGACUGGAUUUUGUUUUGCCUAUGCAAACUAAAUACAUGUUCCUAGCAAACUUUCAAUUCACAAGGACCCUAUAUGCAUGUUGAUAAGUCAAUUAAUUUUCACAACACUUCACCCCAAUAUGCUUUCAGAAAAAACCUUUUGCCAGUUUUCUGAAUUAAUGCUAUAUAUAAUAACGUUUUAUGAAAAAUGACCAACAUCAGCAUGUACUAGUGAAUAUUCAUGUUUGAACGACGUGUACAAUUCUGCUGUUAUGACAGUAGUGCAGGUUAUGUCUGUUGUAUAAAUAACAUAUUAUUAGAGAAUGCAAAUUAAUAAAUGUGAAACAUGUAAA